CACAGGGCCCGGUGCCAACUCCUCCUGUUCCUGCACCCCGUACUCAGGCUGGAGCAGGCCAGGGUUACACACCCUACCCGCAGCAAGGACAAGCUGCCUAUCCCCAGCAAAAUCCACCUCUUUACCCCCAACAGGGCCAGGCACCUUAUCCGCAGCAAGGUCAAUCGCCUUAUCCACAACAAGGUCAGGUGCCUUAUCCGCAACAAGGUCAACCACCUUAUCCACAGCAAGGUCAGGCACCUUAUCCACAAGGUCAGAUGCCCUAUCCCCAGCAAAGUCAGACACCCUAUCCACCACAAGGCCAGAGUCCAUAUCCACAUAAAGGUCCAGCACCCAUUCCAUCACAGAGUCAAGCAGCGGUCCCACAAGCAGGUCAGGCACCCUAUCCUCAGGGCCAGACACCAUACCCACAAGCGGCAGCAGUAGCACCUG